GGGAAAAAUGGUGUGCAGUGAAAGAUGAAUUAGUUUUUAUCCAUAGUUUUUAGUAUCUCUAGAUUAAAAACUGUAGGUUUUAUUUUAGUGUUCGUCAGUAAUGCUAUUUUUAUGUUAAAGAGUUUGUUAAAUAGUUUUGUGGUCAAUUCAGCGUAUGUAAAUGUGAUUGGAUUAGUUGUUAUGUCUGUUUCAAGCAUCGUGGGGUGUAAGGAAAAACCUGAUCCCAGUUCAAGGCGGUAUCAAACUCGCUCUUCUAAAGGCGUAGAAAAACCCCAAGGAGAAGAAAAUGUUGCUGUAAAAGCAAGCGUAAAACGUGGCAAAAGAGGGCAUUUAACCGUGGUGUAUGAUGCUGAGUCAGCAGACAAAGAUAAUGUAAAUAGAACAUCUCAAUAUUUUGACAAGCAAAGCAACGACUGUAGUGGUUUUGAGGACAAGAAAUCGAAGUGGGAACCGCUUCACUGGCAGGAAGUGCUUAGGAAUAUACGAGAGAUGAGGAAAGCUAAAGAUGCACCUGUUGACGAUAUGGGCUGUGACAAGUGCAUGGAAGACGAUGCACCUCCCAAAGUGAGGAGGUAUCAGUCGCUGAUAUCCUUGAUGCUGUCCAGUCAGACCAAGGACCAGGUGACGUUCGCCGCGAUGCAGAGGCUGCGUCAGCACGGCCUGACAGUCCCCGGUGUGUUGGCAACGGAUGACGAGACGUUGGGGCGACUCAUCUAUCCUGUUGGCUUCUGGAAGACAAAAGUGAAGUACAUCAAAAGAACGUCGCAGAUUCUGAAAGAAGAGUAUGAUGAGGACAUUCCUGGCUCAGUGGAAGAGCUCUGCAAGCUGCCUGGAGUCGGCCCCAAGAUGGCUCACCUGUGCAUGAACGUAGCGUGGGGCUUGCUCACCGGCAUAGGUGUGGACACGCACGUCCACAGGAUCUCGAACCGGCUGGGCUGGUUGCCGAAGCCCACCAAGGCCCCGGAGGCGACCCGCAAGGCCCUCGAGUCGUGGCUGCCCCGUCAGCUGUGGGACGAAGUGAACCACCUACUGGUGGGGUUCGGGCAGCAGGUAUGCCGCCCCGUGGGGCCCGCCUGCACCUCCUGCCUCAACCGAGACAUCUGCCCCUUCGGUCGCUCCCAGGCCGGGCAUGCUCGAAGGAAGAAGCGAACCGAUUAGCGCAGUUGGGAUCAGUCGCGUCAUCUCGCUCCGACCCGACGCCCGAAGCGUCGAGAAAAGCGGCAGCCCACGGACUUCCCCAGGCUGGCCAGCGACAUAACGACGCCGAGGCAGGACGCCGCGUGGGGAGCGGAGAGGGAAGGGGGGUAUCAACGAACCUUGUAAUCCGACCAGGCACGCGUGGCAGCCACGUGAUAAGCGCAGGGCUGCCGGCCAGCUUCGAACCUGGCAUCAUGGUCAGCAUCUACUUAAUUUGAAUCUCAUCCUUGUGAUAGUUUAUGUAGGUAGCUGUACAGCAAAAUCAAAUAAAAAUUGUAUUUUUUUUAUAAAUGCUCUGUGGUACAAACUUUGUUCAAAAACAGACACAUUCU